UGAUUUAUUAUAGCCAUGAAAUGCUCUGCUCUCUUCUCUUUUCCUUGCUGUCCCCGGGGCUGGAGGAGCACAGGCCUCCACGGGCACCAGGCCUCGGCCUGGCAGGACUCCUGCCUCCCUCCAAGGCCCAGAGCCUGGGGCCAGAGACGAGAGCCGUCGGAAGACCUGGUUCCCUACGACACGGAUCUCUACCAACGCCAGACGCAUGAGUACUACCCGUACCUCAGCAGUGAUGGAGAGAGCCACAGCGACCAUUACUGGGACUUCCACCCCCACCACGUGCACAGCGAGUUCGAGACCUUCGCCGAGAACCACUUCACGGAGCUGCAGAGUGUGCAGCCGCCCCAGCUGCAGCAGCUCUACCGCCACAUGGAGCUGGAGCAGAUGCAUAAUGUCCUCGACACCCCCAUGGCGCCACCCCACACCGGCCUCGGCCACCAGGUCUCCUACCUGCCCCGGACCUGCCUCCUGUACCCACCCCUGUCCCCGGCUCAGCCCAGCUCGAACGAGGAGGAAGGGGAGCGGGCAAAGCCCCCCCGGCUGGAGGUGUCUGACGGGGAAGGCUUGACGGCCUUGGAGCCCCGGGCCCUGGGCCUUCCUGCAUGGGGGAAGACAGGCAGCAAGAAGAAGAUCCGCCUGUACCAGUUCCUGCUGGACCUGCUGCGCAGCGGCGACAUGAAAGACAGCAUCUGGUGGGUGGACAAGGAGAAGGGCACCUUCCAGUUCUCGUCCAAGCACAAGGAGGCGCUGGCGCACCGCUGGGGCGUGCAAAAGGGCAACCGCAAGAAGAUGACCUACCAGAAGAUGGCGCGCGCGCUGCGCAACUACGGCAAGACGGGCGAGGUGCGCAAGGUCAAGAAGAAGCUCACCUACCAGUUCAGUGGCGAGGUGCUGGGCCGUGGGGCCCCGGCCGAGCGGCGCCACCCGCCCCACUGAGCCCCGGCACGCCGGGCCGCCCCGCUGCCCAUAGCAUUAAGCCCUCGCCUCGCCGGCCCGGACACACGGAGCGAGCUCCCGGGGCCAGAGGCUGGACUGUGGCGGCCAGGCCUCGCCCGCCCCCUCGGCCCAGCCCCCAGACACCCUGCUUUGCCCCCCCCAUACACACACCCGGACUCCAGCCCCCGCAGGGUGGGCCCCGCUGAGUGACGGGGUGCGUCCUGGGCGUGGGCGUCCCGCCCGUGCGUGCCCUGCCGGAUCGUCUUCUAUAAGCACCCCCCUCCCCCUCAAACCGUUCGCCGCCCCCCUCCCACCGUCGCCUUCCCCCAGGAACAGAGUAAAGUUAUCCGCGGUUAA